AUGGGAACUGAGGGAUCCAUGAAAGCUAACGAGUGGCUAUUAGAUCUCGACAGCACCUUCAAGAUUAGCGGUUGUAUUGAGGAACAGAAGGUACAGUAUGCGGGGCACCUGCUGCAAGGUGAAGCUGGAAGUUGGUGGGACACCAAGAGGCAACUUCUGAUUAGAGAAUUGGGAAAUAUCACCAUUUUGACCUGGGAGAGGUUUAAGGAGGAAUUUGACAAUCGUUUCUCCCCAGAGUCAAUGAAGACCCAGAAGGCCCAGGAGUUUGCUACGUUGGUACAAGGCAAUCUCACUGUUGAGCAGUACGCUGCGAAGUUUAUGGAGCUGGGAAGGUUUGCCCCACACUUGAUUGCUACUGAGAAAAUGCAAGCCCAGAAGUUUCAAGCAGGGUUGAAUCCUAGAAUUCGCAUUUAUGUGGCUAGAUUCCGCAUCCACAACUUCCAAGAGUUGGUUAAUGUGGCUGCAAUAGCGUAG